AAGACUGCAGCCAGCUCUUGCAGACUCCAAGCCACCUUUCCUGGGCCUUUGCAGCCAGAGGCUGAAACAAAAUGUAAAGGAGGGAAAACAAACAAACGACCAAUAGCUAAACCUUUGGAGUUUGGAAGAAUGGAAAGGAAAAACUCAGAAGGCUACUUUCAGAAGUGUGUGGAUGGAAUACAUGGUAUGAAGGAGGAUAUCGUUCACGUUUUUCGCAAUAAAGAUAUUCCAAAGCCUGGGGAUAUGAUUCAAUUUCAGAUGCCUUUAUUCCAACAUUGGGGCAUCUAUGUGGGAAAUGGAGAUGUGGUUCAUUUUGCAUUGCCAGCUGUUAACGUUUUUCCACUGAGGUUGAAAGUCCGAAAAGCAAAAGUGAAGAAUGUCUCACCAGUACUGACCUAUGCAGUGUACAACAAAUAUGAUAAAGACCAUUCUCCAUUGCCUCCAGAACAUGUGGUAAAAAGAGCUGAGCACAUGGUGGGCAAAAUCAUAAAGUACGAUCCUGGGAGAGCCAACUGUGAGCACUUUGUAACAUUGAUGAGAUACAACGUCGCUAUAUCAAGACAGGCAGAGAGAUUCAACUUUCAUGUGGAUCCUGAUUUUGUGAAACGGAUCAAAAGAUGUCUAGCUGAAAUCAACGAGUAGGCAAACUGACAGCAUCCAGAGAUCUUUCACAAAGGAAAAAACAAACUUUGGUGUAAUGAAGGAGCACAGUUUGCCAUCAAUCUUUUUGGAGCCACUGCCGCCUCACAUUACCUUGGGAAGAGCAGAGCUUCGCUUUUUGCAUCUACUGCCACCUCUCCUUCCUCUGACCCCCGCCAGGAUAUCUCACCCCACAGCUACUCUGUGCUACCUGGGAUGGUGCUUUCUAGAGUGCUCAGCCUAGGAGAUCACGCAGCCUUUUGUUAGGCCUCACUUUCAGAAGCAGCAAAGCAGCUCCAUCAAAUCUAACGCACACCUAAAUUAUGGCAAUGUAAUUUAGCCCAAAAGGGUGGGCAUCAGAUUUGAGUAAAUAUGGUAUUAUGAGUUGAUUAGAGGCCAAUGGUGAAAUUCCUUUCAAAUUAAACCUGUACCCGGUGCAGAAAGCAUUUUCAUGCAAAGGAUAUAUAUUACCACAUACAGUAGAGUCUCACUUAUCCAACAUUCACUUAUCCAACGUUCUGGAUUAUCCAACACAUUUUUGUAGUCAAUGUUUUCAAUACAUCAUGAUAUUUUGGUGCUAAAUUCGUAAAUACAGUCAUUACUAUGUAGCAUUACUGCAUACUGAUCUAUUUUUUUUCUGUCAAAUUUGUUGUAUAACAUGAUGUUUUGGUGCUUAAUUUGUAAAAUCAUAACCUAAUUUGAUGUUUAAUAGGCUUCUCCUUAAUCUCUCCUUAUUACCCAACAUAUUCGCUUAUCCAACAUUCUGCUGGCCCGUUUAUGUUGGAUAAGUGAGACUCUACUGUACCUCCAUCACACACACAAUUCUUACCUGAAGCACCUUAGACAUUGUGACUAUAUAAGACUGCCUGAUGGGUGAGAAAUUUUGACCUAUUGACAAAGUAGUGAAAGUAGGGCUUGGCCAUAACAAAUAUAAUUGCAGAAUAAAACUCCAAAAAAACUUUUCAAUUGUGAUUGCUUCUCAUUUUAGUAAAGUGAUAUAAAAGGGUAAAGCUUCCUGAUAGGCCUUCUCUGCUAAGCAUGGCACUAUAUAUCUUUGUGGGGCUUCAAUUAUGCAUGCCUUUUUAGGCUAGAUACUUUUCACUUGUAACUUCUUUAGAAGAGAACUACAGUAGAGUCUCACUUAUCCAAGCUAAACGGGCCGGCAGAAGCUUGGAUAAGCGAAUUCUUGGAUAAUAAGGAGGGAUUAAGGAGAAAAGCCUAUUAAACAUCAAAUUAGGUUAUGAUUUUACAAAUUAAGCACCAAAACAUCAUGUUAUACAACAAAUUUGACAGAAAAAGUAGUUCAAUACGCAGUAAUGUUAUGUUGUAAUUACUGUAUUUACGAAUUUAGCACCAAAAUAUCACGAUAUAUUGAAAACAUUGACUACAAAAAUGGCUUGGAUAAUCCAGAACCUUGGAUAAGCGAGGCUUGGAUAAGUGAGACUCUACUGUACUUCCAUUCACAUUAGGUGCAUCACUAUAAACUGACUCAGUUUUCUCCUUGAUUCCCAUUUCCUAUAUUUAUAGUUGCAAACAGACAUUCUAUUGUUUUGAGUCCAAUAAUUGUCUUUGAUUUUAUUUUGUUAUUAUGAAUAACAUUUAUUAUGAGGAUUUUCUCUUUCUCAAGGUAUUGUUCUGAAAAUAAAAUAGGAAUCAUCUGAAAAAUAUGUCAGAUUUUGGACUAAAGAUAUUUUUCCUAUUACUGUUUUGUCUAAUGAUUUAAAUUUUGAAUUGAGCCCAAUCUUAUUUUUUUAUUUUUCUAAAGUGUGGCUCAUAGUUUUAUUGAUAUUGCCUCUUAGCUAACUGUUGUUUUUGCUGAUUGUCUUUGCUCAGUUUUCUUCAUGUUCUGUGGCAUAAAUAACAUUUGGUUUCUCAUGAUAUAUACAUAUGCCUCAAAUUACUGCAGAUUCCAAAACUGUUGUUGAGCCAUGGCACUCACUCCCCAAAGGUUUAUGAUAAAUAAGAAGACUUCAAGAAAGAGAUACAUUUUUUCCUUUAUUUUUAAAAUGUUUUCUGCUGUUUUAAUGUUCUGCAAUGUCAAAGCCGCUGAAGACUCUGAUGGGACCCAGCAGCAACUGUACCCCAAACUCUAUCAAAGCUUUUAAUAAAUAUAUUUAGUGAUA